AUAGAAUUGAUCGACUCUUGCAUCGGAUCCAAGAUCUGGGUAGUCAUGAAAUCAGAGAAGGAGUUCACAGGAACGCUCAAGUACUUUGAUGACUAUGUCAACAUGGUGCUCGAAGAUGUUACAGAAUUUGAGAACACACCGGAAGGAAGGAAAACGACAAAGCUGGAGCAAAUUCUUUUGAACGGGAACAACAUCUGUAUGGUAAGUACAUCGAUCGGGCUGUAUACGAAUGUGGUUUGUGUGCUUAUGGGCCGUAUGAUAUAG